CGCAGGAUGUAGCAAACGCAUUAUAUGUGGACUAGCUUCUUCCAUAUUGUGUUGCCUGUGGAUAGAGAAUGUUGAAUCCCAAUUACAUUAUCUGUUUUACAGAAGAAAGGUGGUGUGAAUAUAAGGUGUCGGUGACUAGGGGUGAACAUAUGUUGCCUACGCGGCAAAAAUCACGUAAAUGAAACAAAAGGACAAUUUAAAGUUAAGACUUACCAGUUUACGAAAAAAAUGAGCGGUCAAAGACGAAUCUUAUGAACGCAUGAGAAUAUACUGAUCAACUAUGAUUCAGGAAGAUUUACAAUAAUAAUUUUAUUUAAUAUUUUUCAUCUCUUAUUUUUCUUUCAUCUUAUAACAAUAUAUGAUUUAAUUAACCAUCAACUUCUCUCUUGAUAGCAUUGGAGAUGAAAUUGUGGUGACGUUAAGCAAGUGAAUGUUUUGUAGGGAGGAGGUUGAGCGGAAAAUUCUCCGUCUACUUCACGGUAACAAAACCCGCACCCAACUCACCCAAAUCCACGCCCACUUCCUCCGACAUGGCCUUCACCAAUCCAACCAAAUCCUGGCUCACUUCGUCUCCGUUUGCUCCUCCCUUCAUCAAAUCCCUUACGCCACUCGCAUCUUCACUCACACCCACAACCCCAACCUUCUCCUCUUCAACGCCAUCAUCAAAGCCCAUUCCUUACACCCACCCUUCCACCUUUCCUUCCACCUCUUCUACCUCAUGAAGACACGCGCCAUUUCCCCCGAUCACUACACCUUCCCCCCUUUGCUCAAGUCCGCUUCCAAUCUCCGCCACUGCUACCUCGGCCAGACUCUUCACGCCCAUCUCAUUCAACUCGCCCUCGCGCGCCACGCUUCCGUUCGCGUUGGGAUUAUUCAGUUCUACGCGAGUUGUGAGAGAAUGCAUGAUGCCCACAAGAUGUUCGACGCAAUGCGUGACAGAGACGUCAUUGUUUGGAACUUGAUGAUUCGUGGGUUUUGCAAGGUGGGUGAUUUGGAAAAGGGGGUGAAGCUUUUCAGACAGAUGAAGGAACGGAGCGUGGUUUCGUGGAAUAUGAUGAUGUCUUGCUUGGUACAGAGUAAGAAAUACGACGAGGCUCUUGAGCUUUUUCGUGAAAUGUUGGAGCAGGGUUUUGAACCCGAUGAUGCCUCCUUGGUAACGGUGCUACCUCUCUGUGCUCGCUUGGGUGCUGUGGAUGUUGGUGAAUGGAUCCAUUCCUACGCAAAUGCCAAGGGAUUCCUCAGAGACGCCAUUAACGUGGGAAACUCACUUGUGGAUUUUUAUUGUAAAUGUGGCAACUUGCAAGUUUCCUGGGGCGUUUUCAAUGGCAUGCCUCGUAAAACCGUUAUUUCUUGGAAUGCAAUGAUAUCGGGUUUGGCUUAUAAUGGAAAGGGUGAAGUUGGUGUUGAAUUGUUUGAAGAGAUGGUAAGAGAAGGCGUGGAACCUAAUGAUUCCACUUUUGUGGGGGUUUUGGCAUGUUGUGCUCAUGCUGGUUUAGUAGAUAGAGGGCGUGAGUUGUUCGCUUCUAUGGGUGUCAAGUUUCGGGUUUUGCCAAAACUGGAGCAUUAUGGCUGUGUUGUUGACAUGCUUGGGCGCUGUGGGCACGUGAGGGAAGCACGUGACUUGAUUAGGAGCAUGCCCAUGAAGCCAACUGCUGCUUUGUGGGGUGCAUUACUUAGUGCUUGUCGUACUUAUGGUGACAGGGAAAUGGCAGAGCGUGCAGCCAGAGAGUUGGUUCAUCUUGAACCGUGGAAUUCGGGAAAUUAUGUGUUGUUGUCCAACAUUUAUGCGGAAGAAGGGAGAUGGGAUGAAGUUGAGAAAGUUAGAGUAUUGAUGCGAGGGGGUGGCAUCAGGAAACUUCCAGGACAGAGUGCAACAGGAUAGUCGAAACACAGGAUGAUUAGUGUCAUAAAGAUUGGAGGGGAGCCAUCAAUCUAAUUUAUGAAUAUGGCAGAACGAAUACCAAUCAAGCCCAAUUUCAGACAAUUUUGACAUUUCAUUGUUUUCAAUUAGAAAGGAACCAAUGGUCUGAGAUAUGUCAGACGCAAAGCUGGAUGCAGUGAUCCUGUUCUUGAGCGCACGUUACUUUAUCAUGUAUCAAUAUUUACAAUGUUGAUUAGCAGAUUUUAAUAAAGGAGAAUCCAUGUAGUUUCAAAUGAAUCUGAAGCACGAUUGUUUUUGAAGAAUGUUAACUAGUAGAAAAUUUUUAUGAAGUGUCACAAACACUCCUCUACUAUGAUUUCCAAUGUAGAAAUAAUAUAUGAAAUACAUUACAUUUUAACUACUCUUUUUUUGUCUUUCUGUCUCUGGGCGUCUAUUAGGUAAUAUAUAUUUUGUUGAGCCAUUCAGAACUGUUUCUGACUGACCGAAAAUAUUUCAUUUAAAGCUUUGCUUCACACUGUAGGAUACCAUUUCCAUACAGACUUGCACAUUAAGACAAGAACCACGCACGAUACAAGGAAGUAGGAACCUAUCACUAUCCUAUAAAAAGUUGAAAAUAAUUCCCUCGAGUAUCUAUUUCUUACUGCCAAUACAUCAGAUGUCACAGUAAAUAAAUCGCUGCCGCUGCUAAUGCGGUGAUGAAAAGAUAGAAUCUAUUCACGAUUGGUGAUUUGUGAGCAUUGUUUGCCUCUCCUCCAAUGUAGUCUGCCAAAUUGAAGUUCCCUACACGUAGCUAUAUUUUGUUAAAGGAGUAAAAUGUUUAAGAAAAUGGGAAAAGAAAAGGAAGUUCAAGCUGAUUUAAGUCCCCGUGGAAAGUAACUAGCAUCCUAACCUCUUUGUCUGGAGUAGCUGCAGCCAGCAUUUAGUGCAUAUCUCAUUUGUUGUACGGUGGCUUUGUUGUAGAAUAUGAAAUUGGACAGUAUGUUAUCAAUGCAAUUGAGCACUAAUUGUGUUUCAGUUAGGCAUGGCCCACUACAGAAAAAAUCAGUGGCAUCUGGUGGUAUGUUAAUAUUCCCAGAAGGGUUUAAUCUAUAUGCUUCAUUACACCCAACAUAAAUCUGGGAGAGACUCAAAAGCAGCCAAAAGAAAUGGUAAAAGAAUAUCUUAGAAAGAAAGCGAGAUUGAUGGCCAAUAAGAUGACCAAACAUGCCUGUAAUAGAUUGAAAUUAUGUUGUAUAUGCUAGGGGAGAGUGGAAAUAAUUAACAAUUUUCACUCGAGAAGGAAAAAACAGAAUGUUAACAUGAAGUCACACACUUCCAACAAAUGCAAUCAAUACUUGUUACUUACGAGCUUAUUGUCGAAGCAUGAUAAGGCCUUUACCGUGCCUUGGCCCUGCAAAUCACCCUCUGCAGCAUCUGUUCAUUUUUUCCCACAUACACACGUCAUCAAAAUUGUAGAUAUAAGGAUCAAUAGAGCAUAUAAUAUAGAACAAAUGGUUAGAAAGAGAACUUUGUUAAAUCCACAUAUGAUGAAAUUAAAGGGAAAUAACCUGAAUUAAAGCCAAAAACUGCAAGGGAAACUAAAGUAACUAUGAUGAAAUUUCCCUUUAGCAUGAGUGCAAACGCCAUGACUAUACACGUAGUAAGUGCAUGCGGGGAAAGCAAACAGCUGAAACUUAAUAUGAAUGUGAUGACGUUGGCAUUGAGAUUAUUCAACUGUUUGUGUUUCUAUGAUGAAGACAAAUUGAGGAAAAGUGGCAACUGGAGCUGAAUAUAGUAGGCCACCUCACGGAGGUCUAAUAAUGGAAAACAAGAAAAUGAGGAGGAGGUUGGUUAACAAAUAGCACCAGCUUAUAUCAUUAAUGGAUGCAGACAAAUUGACUGCUAUAAAAAGUGAAAGCAAUGUAUUAGUAUUUAGUCACCAACUCCAGCUUCCUAUCUAUCUGACUCUUUGAGCAUG